AGCGCCGGGGCUUCCCGCUGAGCCGCAGUCGCGGGCGGAGUGCGAGCGCCGGCCGCUCGGCGCGCCCCGGCCGGCGGGGCAGCGCGGGUCCCGGGGGCUCUGGGCGCGAAGGAAUUCCUCAGAUCAAAACUAAUUGCAGAAUUUCCGGUUGACCAGCAUUCAUAGGGAUGAAGACAGACUCAGAGAUGGUGUGUCUAAGAAACUUCAAAAGGUGCAGACCUCCUGAUUGAAGUGUGGUUGAAUUGAUUCAUUUCUUCACGAUAUUUCUGUUCUCUACGAGGGAGUCAUGAUCACACUAACGGAGCUAAAGUACUUAGCGGAUGCCGAGUCGUCUUAUCACAUCCUGAAGCCGUGGUGGGAUGUCUUCUGGUAUUACAUCACCCUCGUCAUGCUGCUGGUGGCCGCGCUGGCUGGCGCCCUGCAGCUUACCCAGACCAGGCUUCUGUGCUGCCUCCCAUGCAAGGCGGAGUUUGGCAAUCACUGCGCUGUGCCUUGGGAUCUCCUGAAAGCCAGCCAGAACGUGUCCUCCUCUGAUGCGGACGGCAGUGUGAGGCCUCCGCUCCGGAUCCAGAACGACCUCCACCGGCAGCAGUACGCCUAUGUCGAUGCCGUCUGUUACGAGGAGCAGCUUCACUGGUUUGCCAAGUUUUUCCCCUACGUGGUGCUGCUGCACACGCUCAUCUUCGCAGCCUGCAGCAACUUCUGGCUCCACUACCCCAGCACCAGCUCCAGGCUGGAGCACUUUGUGGCUAUCCUUCACAAGUGCUUCGACUCCCCGUGGACCACGCGCGCCCUGUCCGAGACGGUGGCCGAGCAGUCGGUGAGGACCCUGAAACCCUCCAAGUCCAAGACCUUGCUUUCAACCUCGGGGGGUUCUGCUGAAGCCGAUGCCAACAAGCAGGCAUUGCCCUACCCGCAGCCAGGCUUGGAGUCUCCUGGUGUAGAAAGCCCCACUUCUAGUGUCCUGGACAAGAAGGAGGGUGAGCAGGCCAAAGCCAUCUUCGAGAAAGUGAAAAGAUUCCGCCUGCACGUGGAACAGAGGGACAUCAUUUACCGGGUGUACCUGAAGCAGAUAAUAGUCAAAGUCAUCUUGUUUGUGGUCAUCAUAGCUUACGUCCCGUAUUUUUUGAGCUGCAUAACUCUUGAGAUUGACUGCUUGAUUGACGUGCAGGCGUUCACGGGCUACAAGCGUUACCAGUGCGUCUACUCCUUGGCAGAGAUCUUUAAGGUCCUGGCGUCUUUUUAUGUGGUGUUGGUGAUCCUUUACGGCCUCACCUCCUCCUACAGCCUGUGGUGGAUGCUGAGGAGUUCCUUGAAGCAGUACUCCUUUGAGGCUCUCAGGGAGAAAAGCAACUACAGCGACAUCCCCGACGUCAAGAACGACUUUGCCUUCAUCCUCCAUCUGGCCGACCAGUACGACCCCCUGUACUCCAAACGCUUCUCCAUCUUCCUGUCGGAGGUGAGCGAGAACAAACUGAAGCAGAUCAGCCUCAACAAUGAGUGGACCGUUGAGAAGCUAAAGAGCAAGCUGGUGAGGAACUCCCAGGACAAGCUGGAGCUGCACCUCUUCAUGCUCAGCGGUCUCCCGGAUAACGUCUUUGAGUUGACGGAGAUGGAGGUGCUGAGCCUGGAGCUCAUCCCCGAGGUCAAGCUGCCCGCCACCGUCUCUCAGCUUGUCAACCUCAAGGAGCUCCAUUUGUACCAUUCGUCUCUGGUGGUGGACCAUCCCGCCCUGGCCUUUCUGGAGGGCAACUUGAAAAUCCUUCGCCUGAAGUUUACCGAGAUGGGGAAGAUCCCUCGCUGGGUGUUCUACCUGAAGAACCUCAAGGAGCUGUACCUGUCUGGCUGCGUUCUCCCCGAGCAGCUGGGCACCACGCAGCUGGAGGGCUUUCAGGACUUGAAGAACCUGAGGACCCUCUACUUGAAGAGCAACCUGUCCCGGAUCCCCCAGGUGGUGACGGACCUGCUUCCCUCCUUACAGAAGCUGUCCCUGGAUAACGAGGGGAGCAAGCUGGUUGUGCUGAACAACUUGAAGAAGAUGGUGAACCUGAAGAGCCUGGAGCUUCUCAGCUGUGACCUGGAACGCAUCCCGCACUCCAUCUUCAGCCUGAACAACCUGCAUGAGCUGGAUCUGAAGGAAAACAACCUGAAGACGGUGGAGGAGGUCAUCAGCUUCCAGCACCUGCCGAGCCUCUCCUGCUUGAAGCUCUGGCACAACAACAUCGCUUACAUCCCCGCCCAGAUCGGGGGCCUGUCCAACCUCGAGCAGCUCUUCCUGGACCACAAUAACAUCGAGAGCCUGCCCUUGCAACUGUUCCUGUGCACCAAGCUAUACUACCUGGACCUGAGUUAUAACCAUCUGACCUUCAUCCCAGAGGAGAUCCAGUACCUGACCAAUCUGCAGCACUUCGCCGUGACCAACAACAAUAUCGAGAUGCUGCCAGACGGUCUGUUCCAGUGCAAGAAGCUCCAGUAUCUGCUUCUGGGGAAGAACAGCCUCACGGAUCUGUCCCCUCUGGUGGGGGAGCUGUCCAACCUCACCUACCUGGAACUCAUUGGGAAUUACCUGGAGACGCUGCCUCCCGAGCUGGAAGGCUGUCAGUCCCUGAAACGGAGCUGCCUGAUUGUCGAGGACAGUUUGCUCAAUACUCUUCCGCUGCCUGUGACGGAACGUUUGCAGACGUGCUUAGACAAAUGUUGACCUAGGGAUCAAACUCGGAAAAGGCAGUUUUAAACCGGGGGCUUAAAGGAGAAUGAACUUUCCCUAAGUCAUGUAGAUGAAAGAAUGGCUGAUGGUUAUGACACACAGGAACCAAAAAUGUGACCGGGUAACCCGGUGUCUAAGUCAAGUAGGAGAAAGAUGUCAACACUGGGGUUCUGUGAAUAGCUGAUCUUUAAAUUAUUGAGAUGUAAAGAAAAAAACGCAUCGAGGUGGGCCGAGAGGCGUACGGUGAUGGAAACUUUGCCCUCCAAGUUUUCUCUUCAGGACUGUAUGUUUUCCCCUCUCCUCUCCUUCUAGCCCAUUACUUAUGUCACACUUGUUUUCCUGUGACUCUCUAGUUUGAUAAUGAUCACCAGACCCAUAAGAACCCAUCAGCGUAAGUGCCCUCGGUCAUGUUCACCGCUGGCUUUGAUUGAUGGUCUCCCGGCUUUUAAGCAGGGUGUGUUGUGCUUGGCCCCCUUCCCACUUCCUUCCUCGUUUUUUUUUGCAGGACCAUCGUCGUCUGGUUUUCUCUGAGCAACACCCCUGGGAGAAUGCUGACAUUUGGCAUUUGCUGAGGUUAGGAGCCAGGGUUCCUAAAAAUAUGUAUUCUCUAAGUUGUCUCCUUGUCUGUCAUCAAAGCCUUUUUUGACAUACGUUAAGAACUUUUAUAUGAAAUAUAAAAUAUUUUCUACCGUGUGAUCACAGAUUCUACAUCUCCGAGAACACUUUGUAAGGUACAGUGAACAUGGGCAUCUCUCAGAAUUGACUAAUUCUCAGUUUGGGCUGGUUAUGAUUCUCCUUUUGUAUGCGUUCUGCUCCAAAAAAGUUUUUGUACUCUGCAACUAAUUAACUCUGGAUGACAAAAGGCCUUGUGUGUGUGUGUGUUUUUUCCCCUAAAGUCUUCAAGGGGUUUCUGUGUGAGAGGACAGCCGCGUCAUCUACCUCUCCUUGCUGUUGUGCAAUGGCACGGGCACACUCCUCAAGUACUGACAAGCUGUGAUGGACAGGAGAGGGCGGGGCCUAGACUGGAACAUACUCUGCAGAAACUUAGUAGGCACCGGAUACAGGUGUAGGUUGUCCCUCUGCAGAAACUUAGUAGGCACCGGAGAGAGGUGUAGGUUGUCCCUCUGCAGAAACUUAGUAGGCACCGGAUACAGGUGUAGGUUGUCCCUCCGUCCACAUGGUCUCUUGGUAUGAUUGUGAUGGAAGCUGUCUGUCUCCGUCUUAAGUGAGCUCAUUUGACUGACACCCAACUCAUGCCCUUUUGACUCCUGGGAUGCAUCUUGCUCCUUUCGACAGAGAACUUUGCUUUUGGCCCUUUUAUUACCAUGCACACCAUUGAGUAAAUAAAAUGGGCUGGCUCACUCUGGGGACAUGAACAUCGUAGUGGGUUUUUCUCUGCUGGGGGGCGGGGUCUAGGCAUUACGAACUCGCCUCUUUUUGGGCACUAACUGUCAAGCAAUCUGUUAACAGCAUCUGCACAAAACUGGGAGACACCAUGGGUCAGGAAAUCUUCUAAAGAGAACUGUGGUGAGAUGUGGUGAGGAGUGUUUCUUUGUUCUAGGAAGAUGAAAGCGAGUCUUUUAAGUGUAAGAAACGCCUCUUCUCUUGGGUGUCCACAUGCCUGGCGUUCAGAGAGAAGAAUCUCACAGAGGAAACUGGAGUAUUACAAAGAAUAUGUAGAAGACCCAAGAGUUGCCUAAAGCACUGUGGGCGGCAAGGAAUAGAUAAAUAGAAAUAGAUGACAUCUUGACAAAACUUGCCUUCGUUAGAACGUCCAAGUUCUCAGGGAACCAGGCAUGACCAGGGCAGCUGUCUCUGGGACCUCACGGACAGGUCCUGGUUGUAGCCAAGGUCUUCUUUUUACUUUUUUUAAAAUGUGAGUUGAUGUUUUCAGUAGAAUCAUCAUUAUGUGGACCAAUUCCAAAGUUGGCUGGAAUUUUCUGAAGUUCUGAAUAUCAAUGGUUUAUGGGAAGGAGGUUUCAGUAUUGCCAACCAUACUUCAUAUGGGGAGAAAAAAAAAUAUCCCGCCCUCUGUGUAGGAAAGAAAUUCAGAACACAGUUCAGAUUUUCUAACCUUCACCUGACAAAAGCACACUUCCCCACGAAUUGUUUUCCAGCGCAGGCAUCCUUGGCUGACUCUCCUGCCUCCUCAAAGCAAUUCCCCCGAAGGAUCAGCCAUGAGGUGUGACCCGCUUUCUCCACACUAGGCUUUUUUUGCUGCUGAAAAUCUUGUAGCUCUUAAUAACCACAGUUCUGAGAUGUCUUUUGUGUCUGCUGCUUAUGCAUCCAUGUUGAGGUAGCUGUCCAAGCUAACGGACACUGAGGCAAUGAGCACUACACUACCGCCUGCCUGAUGGAGAUCCGUGUGAGCACUGGCUUCUCUGCCUGUCUUGAUAGUCACCUGACACCCAAGAGAAUCUUAAAUGAAGAAAAUGAAAUCUUCCAAAUUUAUCACGAGACGUCCCCCAGGAAACCCAACGUAAAGGAUGGAAAGCAAAAUUUAGACAUGCUACAGUGGUGUGGGUUCCUUGUAUCUGCAUCCACACAGACGUCUCAUGUUUGCAGUUUUCAUUUAGGUUAGUCUAAGAACAGCAACUUUUUAAAAGUUCAUUACUUUUAGUCAUGAAGUAUUGGAUUUCCUUCGUGGUGGUGUAUUUAAAAUCAAACGCUACCUUAGUUUGAAAAGGCGCAUGUUCCACCUCAUCGACAUCAAGGUGGAUCUCUGGCAAUAUUGAUGCUCAUUUUCAUUUCAAUCGCCUGUUUAUCUCCGUAUUUCUCUGUUACUAAUAAACAUGUUAGGUCAGGGCACCCGAAAUCCUUGGGGUCUCAGUGAUGUGGAAGCUCGAAUUUGUCUGCCGCGAUACGCUAAAGCAGCUUGGGCAUACAGCGUUAUUCCUGGAUGGACGUCAUGUUUGGUUUAAACAUUGUAUUAAUAUCGAUGGGUUCACUAAAAUAACCAAACCACUUAUUUAUCUGUAGACUUGACAUUAUUUCCUUAUACUUUCAAUAAUAUUUACCUGUCCAUCUUUAUAGUCAAGUCGGGCUGGUCCAUUCACAUCUGGUAUAUUCGUCCUCACCCACCUCACUAAAUCUGACCAGCACGGUAUAUAGUAGCAGUGUAUUUCUGCAAGAGCAUUGGCAGUGACACCACCACGCAUGUUCAGGACUCCACUGACACUACGCAUGCCCAGUCCUUCAUUGACGCCACGCGUGCUCAGGCCCUCAUUGACACCACGCAUGCUCAGUCCUUUAUUCCUGCUUUAAGACUCCAACUUCUGGCUCCUUCCUUUUCAGUGACUGUAUAUUGCGUUAGCAGCUGCAUUGCUUCCUGGAAAAUAAAGGAGACUAAUUGGAGAGAGAAAUGGAGAUUUAUUGUGCAUCCUGAAGGGGAAACAAGUAGCUACUGCAGAAUGUCCUGGGUGUGAUUGUGUCUGUCCGUUGCCUGUGUGGUGUGCUGAAGCAGGGACUCCCCUCGUGUCUCCUGCCCGCAGCUUCUAUACCCAGUGACAUCUGGCUACUCUGUACCUUUUGCAAUGGACUUCGUGAACUGUAUUCUCUUCAACUUUAAAAAAAAUAUAUAUAUAUAUGCACAGUUUCAUCAACGUGGAAGUAUUAACAGAGAUUAUAGGAGCCAAGGUAAUGAGUUGAGAUGGCUUUUGGUUGAACUUAAUUUCUUAAAGUCUUGAAUUUAACGCAUAAGACACCAUAGCUGAUAAAAACAAUUGCGAAUGCCUUCUGCAUGUUCAUUAUUUCUCACAGACAGUGGUGCAAUUUUAAAAACACAGAAGUGUAGGGUUAGAAUGGGUGUGUCUGUGCUUCUAUCUGCUGUGAUUCGGGUCUUUAACACUGUACAGUAAGACUAAAAUUCUAACUUUCAUUGUAAGCAAACAGUCUUGAGUGGAGACACCUCUCUUUUGUUGGCACUCAGAGCAGGCUGGCAUUUGUUAACUUCACGGGAUAUUUGGACGUGUGUACUUGGGUUCUGCUUCUGCAACGAGUUACUAGAAAAUGUAAGGUUAUGUUCAAUGUCUUCGGGCCCCUGGAUUUAAACCCCUACAUUCUGUAGACUUGGGUAAACACCCGCUGUUUUUACAGUAUCCUUUGUGUAAGAAGAUUAGAUUUUUUAAUUAUAAUAAAUGGUGAAUGAGAUGAAUCGCUGGGAGACUAA